UGUUCUCUGGCGUUGUAUCCAUAAGGAAUUCACUUUUACUCCUUUUUUCUGUUUUUAAAAUUUGCAAAAGUUUAAUCUGCAAGAGCCUCGUCCGAAGCUUACAGCUCAAAUGGUUCUGACGAGGAAGAUGCACAGAGAUCUCGGCCUUUCCCUAACUGAGGAUACUAGCCUGUCUUCCAGGCCGCCCUGUGGGAUGAUUCAUCAACCCAAAAUUACUUCAUUUUUCAUCGGAAGAACAAAGAUACUAAGACUCCACCCACGCUGGGAAAUAAUAAUUUAUGCGCCAACGGUAGUGUCCCUUUUAGCGCUCCUCCUUCUUGUUCUGAUUCUUGUUCACUUGCCAAGGAGAUCUUAGAUUGGUCCAUUGACCUGAAAAGGAAUUUUAUAUCGGACAUAAUCCAGCCUUCCUCACGGUCCCUGGCGCAGGAAUUAGAUCAGACCAUCUCUCCACCCAGUGAAUCUACAGCUUCCGUCUCGACAUUGUUAAACAAUAAAGCGACUUUGGCUCCAUCAACUCCCUCGUUGCUUGAGCUGUCUUUUAGGAUCUCUGACCAUAGGUCCCCUGAUUUACAUCUGUUGGACAGUUUACAGACUGAACCUCGAGGUGGGAACCUUCCACAGCUGGAUGCUUUGUCUGCUUUGCCGCGAGACAUCUUGUGCAUUAAAAUUUUUAUUAUGGAAGCUAAUAGUCUGCUUACCACCCUGACUGAGGAAUUUAAAAAGUUGCAUUCUCAAUUCACAGCUGUCCUGCUUAUUCCUCCACCCUCAUGUCCAAAGGUUGGCCACCUUACUCAUGGGAUACGUAAACGACGACCUAGGCGGAAAACCCUCAUUCUGGGAAAGAAGUCAAAAAACGUCACAAAUUAUAAACAGCCAAGGACUCAGAAAAUGAACUUUGUCAAAUUAUUUAAAAUACUGGACUCAAUACUAAAAUCUAGAAUACCCCAAAGAGCUGUUGUUUCACAGCGGGGACAUCCUAGCACUACAUCUAACUGCCCCCAGAAUAUUCUCCCUGCUUUGGCGCCUCCCAGUGUUUUGUGCCCCCGGAUGGAGUCCCUUGUAACACCUAGGACUGUUCUCCCGAUGGCCAUCGUCUCCGCCAAAGCUGAAAGUAAAGAUAAUCAUUGGAAUCUAACUUAUAGCCGGAAUAAAAUUGUUCUUUUAAACUGUCCCAGACUCAACUCCCGGGAGCAUCAGCCUCAACGGAAACGUCAUAUCCUUGCGCUUUUCCAUGCGAUGUCUAUGAGGCAGAUAAAGGAGUCUGACGUCUAUAAAGUUGAUUAUCUAACUAAUACCUUUCUGGGCUCAAGGAUCCUUCUCACCCUUAGUGGCCCGGAUAAAGUCCGUUUUAUAAGUCUGAAUAGGCUUAGAAUGCUUUCCAAGGGAAUUUAUCUUCAAAGGCACUUCCAGAAUACCGCAGUCCCGCAUUCACUUGUUCCAGCUCUGAAGUCCCCCCUGGAUCCUCGUUUUGCAGAUAAGGCUGUCCAUGAUACAUAUUUGAUCCCAUCAAAUGGCCCAUCCUCUGCCACCUAUACUCUGUGCCCGACGCUCAAACAAGAUCCCUUUUCUAUUCAGCAGUCUACACCUGAGAAGGUUCCUCUAAUGACUCCGUCGGCACCCAGUCACCGCCCUCCUCCUCCUCCCUCACCCAAGUCAGCUACCUGCUCAAAUUCUUCUUGUGGUUUGAGGGCUGGCCAAUCGACUGAAGCUUUCUCUUUCCUUAUAGACGAGGAGAGGGAGCUUUUCACGAAGUUUGCUACCCUCCCGGCCCCCAUGCAAUGGGAUAUAAUUGGGAGGCUACGACAUCUUGCCCGUUGCCUCGAACUUAAGAUUCUGCGCUCAGAAGUCCCGAUUCUUGUAACUCUGGAACCCCAGAGGGACCUACCUAGUAGAAGCUCCUCUCAGCCCAUUUCCAGUUUUUUGGCUUCCACAGAAUUAGGCCCUACACCAGCUUCUGCCCUACAAGUUAAUUUGCCAACAACCACCAGGGAGUAUUUGAACACUCAUACUUCCCCAUCUUGGAUGGAUUUGAGACUGCUGGAAAGCGCAGAAUUAGCCCCCCCAUCGAAAUGUCUUCCCAUGGCUCCGCUGCCCUAUUUGUCUGCUCCUAUCUCAAAUGUUAGUAGGUCAGCUUUCCUGUGCGAGAAAAUUGAUUGCUCUGAUGACUUUCAAAUGCUGACCUCGCCUCGGAACAACGCGACUAUCUCGCCUUCUCCUUGACUUCCAUCUCGGCGGUUGUUUCCAAACCAGUUGCCUCUCAAGGUCACUUCAUGGAAUGUGGUGGGCUGGCAUAAUAAACUCCCAGAUAUUUCUUUUAAGGAAUUUUGCUUGCAAUCGCAGAUAUUAUGUUUUCAGGAAACCUGGGUUACCUCCCAGUUCUGUCCUUCU